UCUGACAUUGACGUUUGUGUUAUAGUGGGAAGUUCACAGGAAAUUCAUGCGAAAUUCACAAUAUUCACAUUGUUUAUUACCGAAGUUUAUUUACUACAACGAUUGUAGUUGUACACUUGUUUCGCAAACAUGAGUAAAAGAAAACGUCAGAGGUCUUUGCCGCCCACACAAAAUGCUUCAUCACUUUCAUCAGCUUCACUAGAUGACGGAUCGGACGAAGAGGAUCAUGUUCAUAACAUUCAGAACGCCGUUAAGGAGUGCGCUCGAUAUAUCCUUAGUCGGGAAGGAAGCAAGAUCCCUAUCAAAAAAGCUGAUAUCGCCAAGCAUUUGGCUACGGCUUGCCAGACUCCACCGCAGCAUGUCUCUGGAGUCAUUAGUGCUGCUGAAAAAUUACUUAAAAAGGUGUAUGGUUACAAGUUGGUCUCAAUUAAAGGUAAAAGUGGGGUGCUGUACAUAGUGGUGUUAGCAGAGGAGUGUGAGUCUCUCCCGUCCAAUGUGUCGGAGUCGGAACUCAGGACCAUGUUGAUGGCUUCGCUCACACACAUAUUCAUGUCUGGGGGCAGUGUCAAGGAAGAUGACCUGUGGAAGUUCCUGAGCGAGGCUGGUCUGCUGGAGGAGAAUGACUUUGCUGGCAGGAAGGCUUUUAUUGCGACCUUCACUAGGCAACUGUACUUGUCAUUCACAAAGGUUGGCGAUGGCGAUUUAGCCUGGAACGUUUUUGAAUGGGGCCAGAGAGCUCAUCAGGAAGUACCCAAAAUGUUCCUGUUACAGAAGAUGGCUGAGGCAUUCGAGAAAACUCCUGACCAUUGGGCCGAGCAGUACAAACAAGCGACUGAAACUAACACUGCGGCCGCGUCAUAAAAAAUAAGCUUAUUGUUAUCGUAAAUUACUGUUCCAGUCGUUAAAUGUUGUCAUUAUUGUUAUUGAUCUAAUGUACACUUGCAUUUGCCGACGGUAUGCAAGCGAGACAGCGCUGUAUGCAUGGCGCUGUCUCGUUCGGACACCGUUGCCGCAUCUGUGGGUCUACCACAGUCUGGCAAAAAGAGUAGAAAUUAAAAAGUGGCAACACUGUAGUGUCGUCCCGUUUUUCUUAGAUUGAUUUGAAACGGACGACACUACAGUGUUGCCACUUUUUAUUUUCUACUCUUUUUUGCCAGACUGUACGAACCGAUCCAAUCGCCCGUCCGUCUAUUUGCUUCCUAUAACGAUAACGAUAUUUCAAUGUUCAUGGCAAGGCCUCUGAUUGCGGCGACAGUGAAGAUUGAUUUAUUGCCCUUGUCUUAGACUUAUUGCAAGUCAGGUGAUAGAUAAAUAAGGGUACAGUACAGGCUAAGUGGUGGCCUUUACUGUCUCUUCUUAUUAGAUUAUUAAGCCCCCUAAACACACGUGCGCGAAUCGCGCCUUAGCGCCGCGAUUCACGCACGAGUGUGAAGGACGCUUUAUAGGUUUUAAGUCGUUUUAUAGCAAAUAAAAGUUUUUCAUAUGAUUCGA